GCUCGGCGUAGUUCGUAGUGGGGUCGGAAGGAAGCCGACUUGAGCUCCGAUAUCGAUAUUGCGUCAGUUAUCAAUGAUCUAAAAUAUUUAUUUUAAGUACUUAGUACCUCGUCUCGAUAAGUCGCAACCUGUACCAAUCCUCACCUAGAACGAUACCGCGGCCGAUCGCGCGAGGCGCCAGAAACUCAAUUAAUGCACCGGGCAUAGUCACGGUACAUAGGACCAACCCAAUAUCAACAAUGGCGACCUGGCGCAUCGUCUCCCCACGCUUAGCCCUCAGCACGCCUCUGCGAGCCAUAAUAUCGCGGCCGUACUCCUCGAGCUCUACAGUCCCAUUAGCAUACGACCACCACGAGCCCCCGAAAGGCGACCGUCACCGACAAGAUGCGCCCAUAAUAUUCAUGCACGGUCUCUUCGGGUCCAAGAAGAACAAUAGAAGCGUAUCGAGAGCCCUAGCGCGGGAUCUCAAGCGUCAUGUCUAUACCGUCGACCUACGCAACCACGGCGAAUCCCCCCACGCGCCCCAACACACCUACCUAGCCAUGGCCUCCGACAUCGAGCGCUUCAUCCAAGACCACGGGCUCAAAUCCCCCAGUCUAAUUGGACACUCCAUGGGCGCCAAAACGGCCAUGACCCUCGCGCUGUCCUCACCCUCUCUCAUCGCCGACAUCGUCGCCGUAGACAACGCGCCCGUCGACGUAGCUCUCUCCGGCACCUUCGCGCGGUACAUAGAAGGGAUGCGACGGAUCGAAGCCGCGAGCGUAACGCGGCAAGCCGACGCCGACGCCAUCCUCAAAGACUACGAAGACGACAUCGCCAUCCGCCACUUCCUGCUCGGGAACCUGUACCGACCAUCCCCCUCCCCGUCUACACCAGCCGGUCCAAUCGCGCAAAAGUUCCGCGUCCCGCUGGAAAUACUCGGCCGUUCGCUAGGCCACCUAGGCGACUUCCCGUUCAAAGACCCUUCCGCGGCGCGGUUCGCGGGGCCGGCGCUGUUCGUGCGCGGGACGCGCAGCGCGUAUGUGCCUGACGAGGUGGUGCCGCUGAUCGGGGAGUUCUUCCCGCGCUUUCGCUUGGUCGAUGUUGACGCCGGGCAUUGGGUUAUUUCGGAGAAGCCGGAGGAGUUUCUGAGAGCUGUUAUCGAGUUCCUCACGCCGAAAGAGUAAGGGGUAGAGCAUAUGGUAGAGGAUACACGAGAGCGAGUGCGACAUAGACGGGAUAAAGGUACGGUCUAGAGGGUUGUAAAUAAUUCGUGUAUCAUUGCAUUGCGUAGCGUCGCAUAAAGGGAUAUCAUCAUCUAGA